AAGCGGCUUCUAUCCGCUGCUGCCUUUGGCAGAGCCUUCUGCAGAUGGAGUGGGUGAUGUGCUGAUGGGGGAGGCGGUGCGAGGGUGCAUGCAGGCUGCAGCGCAUGAGGGGGAUGUGAAUGGGCAGAAGCGGCUUCUAUCCGCUGCUGCCUUUGGCAGAGCCUUCUGCAGAAGCGGCUUCUAUCCGCUGCUGCCUUUGGCAGAGCCUUCUGCAGAUGGAGUGGGUGAUGUGCUGAUGGGGGAGGCGGUGCGAGGGUGCAUGCAGGCUGCAGCGCAUGAGGGGGAUGUGAAUGGGCAGAAGCGGCUUCUAUCCGCUGCUGCCUUUGGCAGAGCCUUCUGCAGAAGCGGCUUCUAUCCGCUGCUGCCUUUGGCAGAGCCUUCUGCAGAUGGAGUGGGUGAUGUGCUGAUGGGGGAGGCGGUGCGAGGGUGCAUGCAGGCUGCAGCGCAUGAGGGGGAUGUGAAUGGGCAGAAGCGGCUUCUAUCCGCUGCUGCCUUUGGCAGAGCCUUCUGCAGAAGCGGCUUCUAUCCGCUGCUGCCUUUGGCAGAGCCUUCUGCAGAUGGAGUGGGUGAUGUGCUGAUGGGGGAGGCGGUGCGAGGGUGCAUGCAGGCUGCAGCGCAUGAGGGGGAUGUGAAUGGGCAGAAGCGGCUUCUAUCCGCUGCUGCCUUUGGCAGAGCCUUCUGCAGAAGCGGCUUCUAUCCGCUGCUGCCUUUGGCAGAGCCUUCUGCAGAUGGAGUGGGUGAUGUGCUGAUGGGGGAGGCGGUGCGAGGGUGCAUGCAGGCUGCAGCGCAUGAGGGGGAUGUGAAUGGGCAGAAGCGGCUUCUAUCCGCUGCUGCCUUUGGCAGAGCCUUCUGCAGAAGCGGCUUCUAUCCGCUGCUGCCUUUGGCAGAGCCUUCUGCAGAUGGAGUGGGUGAUGUGCUGAUGGGGGAGGCGGUGCGAGGGUGCAUGCAGGCUGCAGCGCAUGAGGGGGAUGUGAAUGGGCAGAAGCGGCUUCUAUCCGCUGCUGCCUUUGGCAGAGCCUUCUGCAGAAGCGGCUUCUAUCCGCUGCUGCCUUUGGCAGAGCCUUCUGCAGAUGGAGUGGGUGAUGUGCUGAUGGGGGAGGCGGUGCGAGGGUGCAUGCAGGCUGCAGCGCAUGAGGGGGAUGUGAAUGGGCAGAAGCGGCUUCUAUCCGCUGCUGCCUUUGGCAGAGCCUUCUGCAGAAGCGGCUUCUAUCCGCUGCUGCCUUUGGCAGAGCCUUCUGCAGAUGGAGUGGGUGAUGUGCUGAUGGGGGAGGCGGUGCGAGGGUGCAUGCAGGCUGCAGCGCAUGAGGGGGAUGUGAAUGGGCAGAAGCGGCUUCUAUCCGCUGCUGCCUUUGGCAGAGCCUUCUGCAGAAGCGGCUUCUAUCCGCUGCUGCCUUUGGCAGAGCCUUCUGCAGAUGGAGUGGGUGAUGUGCUGAUGGGGGAGGCGGUGCGAGGGUGCAUGCAGGCUGCAGCGCAUGAGGGGGAUGUGAAUGGGCAGAAGCGGCUUCUAUCCGCUGCUGCCUUUGGCAGAGCCUUCUGCAGAAGCGGCUUCUAUCCGCUGCUGCCUUUGGCAGAGCCUUCUGCAGAUGGAGUGGGUGAUGUGCUGAUGGGGGAGGCGGUGCGAGGGUGCAUGCAGGCUGCAGCGCAUGAGGGGGAUGUGAAUGGGCAGAAGCGGCUUCUAUCCGCUGCUGCCUUUGGCAGAGCCUUCUGCAGAAGCGGCUUCUAUCCGCUGCUGCCUUUGGCAGAGCCUUCUGCAGAUGGAGUGGGUGAUGUGCUGAUGGGGGAGGCGGUGCGAGGGUGCAUGCAGGCUGCAGCGCAUGAGGGGGAUGUGAAUGGGCAGAAGCGGCUUCUAUCCGCUGCUGCCUUUGGCAGAGCCUUCUGCAGAAGCGGCUUCUAUCCGCUGCUGCCUUUGGCAGAGCCUUCUGCAGAUGGAGUGGGUGAUGUGCUGAUGGGGGAGGCGGUGCGAGGGUGCAUGCAGGCUGCAGCGCAUGAGGGGGAUGUGAAUGGGCAGAAGCGGCUUCUAUCCGCUGCUGCCUUUGGCAGAGCCUUCUGCAGAAGCGGCUUCUAUCCGCUGCUGCCUUUGGCAGAGCCUUCUGCAGAUGGAGUGGGUGAUGUGCUGAUGGGGGAGGCGGUGCGAGGGUGCAUGCAGGCUGCAGCGCAUGAGGGGGAUGUGAAUGGGCAGAAGCGGCUUCUAUCCGCUGCUGCCUUUGGCAGAGCCUUCUGCAGAAGCGGCUUCUAUCCGCUGCUGCCUUUGGCAGAGCCUUCUGCAGAUGGAGUGGGUGAUGUGCUGAUGGGGGAGGCGGUGCGAGGGUGCAUGCAGGCUGCAGCGCAUGAGGGGGAUGUGAAUGGGCAGAAGCGGCUUCUAUCCGCUGCUGCCUUUGGCAGAGCCUUCUGCAGAAGCGGCUUCUAUCCGCUGCUGCCUUUGGCAGAGCCUUCUGCAGAUGGAGUGGGUGAUGUGCUGAUGGGGGAGGCGGUGCGAGGGUGCAUGCAGGCUGCAGCGCAUGAGGGGGAUGUGAAUGGGCAGAAGCGGCUUCUAUCCGCUGCUGCCUUUGGCAGAGCCUUCUGCAGAAGCGGCUUCUAUCCGCUGCUGCCUUUGGCAGAGCCUUCUGCAGAUGGAGUGGGUGAUGUGCUGAUGGGGGAGGCGGUGCGAGGGUGCAUGCAGGCUGCAGCGCAUGAGGGGGAUGUGAAUGGGCAGAAGCGGCUUCUAUCCGCUGCUGCCUUUGGCAGAGCCUUCUGCAGAAGCGGCUUCUAUCCGCUGCUGCCUUUGGCAGAGCCUUCUGCAGAUGGAGUGGGUGAUGUGCUGAUGGGGGAGGCGGUGCGAGGGUGCAUGCAGGCUGCAGCGCAUGAGGGGGAUGUGAAUGGGCAGAAGCGGCUUCUAUCCGCUGCUGCCUUUGGCAGAGCCUUCUGCAGAAGCGGCUUCUAUCCGCUGCUGCCUUUGGCAGAGCCUUCUGCAGAUGGAGUGGGUGAUGUGCUGAUGGGGGAGGCGGUGCGAGGGUGCAUGCAGGCUGCAGCGCAUGAGGGGGAUGUGAAUGGGCAGAAGCGGCUUCUAUCCGCUGCUGCCUUUGGCAGAGCCUUCUGCAGAAGCGGCUUCUAUCCGCUGCUGCCUUUGGCAGAGCCUUCUGCAGAUGGAGUGGGUGAUGUGCUGAUGGGGGAGGCGGUGCGAGGGUGCAUGCAGGCUGCAGCGCAUGAGGGGGAUGUGAAUGGGCAGAAGCGGCUUCUAUCCGCUGCUGCCUUUGGCAGAGCCUUCUGCAGAAGCGGCUUCUAUCCGCUGCUGCCUUUGGCAGAGCCUUCUGCAGAUGGAGUGGGUGAUGUGCUGAUGGGGGAGGCGGUGCGAGGGUGCAUGCAGGCUGCAGCGCAUGAGGGGGAUGUGAAUGGGCAGAAGCGGCUUCUAUCCGCUGCUGCCUUUGGCAGAGCCUUCUGCAGAAGCGGCUUCUAUCCGCUGCUGCCUUUGGCAGAGCCUUCUGCAGAUGGAGUGGGUGAUGUGCUGAUGGGGGAGGCGGUGCGAGGGUGCAUGCAGGCUGCAGCGCAUGAGGGGGAUGUGAAUGGGCAGAAGCGGCUUCUAUCCGCUGCUGCCUUUGGCAGAGCCUUCUGCAGAAGCGGCUUCUAUCCGCUGCUGCCUUUGGCAGAGCCUUCUGCAGAUGGAGUGGGUGAUGUGCUGAUGGGGGAGGCGGUGCGAGGGUGCAUGCAGGCUGCAGCGCAUGAGGGGGAUGUGAAUGGGCAGAAGCGGCUUCUAUCCGCUGCUGCCUUUGGCAGAGCCUUCUGCAGAAGCGGCUUCUAUCCGCUGCUGCCUUUGGCAGAGCCUUCUGCAGAUGGAGUGGGUGAUGUGCUGAUGGGGGAGGCGGUGCGAGGGUGCAUGCAGGCUGCAGCGCAUGAGGGGGAUGUGAAUGGGCAGAAGCGGCUUCUAUCCGCUGCUGCCUUUGGCAGAGCCUUCUGCAGAAGCGGCUUCUAUCCGCUGCUGCCUUUGGCAGAGCCUUCUGCAGAUGGAGUGGGUGAUGUGCUGAUGGGGGAGGCGGUGCGAGGGUGCAUGCAGGCUGCAGCGCAUGAGGGGGAUGUGAAUGGGCAGAAGCGGCUUCUAUCCGCUGCUGCCUUUGGCAGAGCCUUCUGCAGAAGCGGCUUCUAUCCGCUGCUGCCUUUGGCAGAGCCUUCUGCAGAUGGAGUGGGUGAUGUGCUGAUGGGGGAGGCGGUGCGAGGGUGCAUGCAGGCUGCAGCGCAUGAGGGGGAUGUGAAUGGGCAGAAGCGGCUUCUAUCCGCUGCUGCCUUUGGCAGAGCCUUCUGCAGAAGCGGCUUCUAUCCGCUGCUGCCUUUGGCAGAGCCUUCUGCAGAUGGAGUGGGUGAUGUGCUGAUGGGGGAGGCGGUGCGAGGGUGCAUGCAGGCUGCAGCGCAUGAGGGGGAUGUGAAUGGGCAGAAGCGGCUUCUAUCCGCUGCUGCCUUUGGCAGAGCCUUCUGCAGAAGCGGCUUCUAUCCGCUGCUGCCUUUGGCAGAGCCUUCUGCAGAUGGAGUGGGUGAUGUGCUGAUGGGGGAGGCGGUGCGAGGGUGCAUGCAGGCUGCAGCGCAUGAGGGGGAUGUGAAUGGGCAGAAGCGGCUUCUAUCCGCUGCUGCCUUUGGCAGAGCCUUCUGCAGAAGCGGCUUCUAUCCGCUGCUGCCUUUGGCAGAGCCUUCUGCAGAUGGAGUGGGUGAUGUGCUGAUGGGGGAGGCGGUGCGAGGGUGCAUGCAGGCUGCAGCGCAUGAGGGGGAUGUGAAUGGGCAGAAGCGGCUUCUAUCCGCUGCUGCCUUUGGCAGAGCCUUCUGCAGAAGCGGCUUCUAUCCGCUGCUGCCUUUGGCAGAGCCUUCUGCAGAUGGAGUGGGUGAUGUGCUGAUGGGGGAGGCGGUGCGAGGGUGCAUGCAGGCUGCAGCGCAUGAGGGGGAUGUGAAUGGGCAGAAGCGGCUUCUAUCCGCUGCUGCCUUUGGCAGAGCCUUCUGCAGAAGCGGCUUCUAUCCGCUGCUGCCUUUGGCAGAGCCUUCUGCAGAUGGAGUGGGUGAUGUGCUGAUGGGGGAGGCGGUGCGAGGGUGCAUGCAGGCUGCAGCGCAUGAGGGGGAUGUGAAUGGGCAGAAGCGGCUUCUAUCCGCUGCUGCCUUUGGCAGAGCCUUCUGCAGAAGCGGCUUCUAUCCGCUGCUGCCUUUGGCAGAGCCUUCUGCAGAUGGAGUGGGUGAUGUGCUGAUGGGGGAGGCGGUGCGAGGGUGCAUGCAGGCUGCAGCGCAUGAGGGGGAUGUGAAUGGGCAGAAGCGGCUUCUAUCCGCUGCUGCCUUUGGCAGAGCCUUCUGCAGAAGCGGCUUCUAUCCGCUGCUGCCUUUGGCAGAGCCUUCUGCAGAUGGAGUGGGUGAUGUGCUGAUGGGGGAGGCGGUGCGAGGGUGCAUGCAGGCUGCAGCGCAUGAGGGGGAUGUGAAUGGGCAGAAGCGGCUUCUAUCCGCUGCUGCCUUUGGCAGAGCCUUCUGCAGAAGCGGCUUCUAUCCGCUGCUGCCUUUGGCAGAGCCUUCUGCAGAUGGAGUGGGUGAUGUGCUGAUGGGGGAGGCGGUGCGAGGGUGCAUGCAGGCUGCAGCGCAUGAGGGGGAUGUGAAUGGGCAGAAGCGGCUUCUAUCCGCUGCUGCCUUUGGCAGAGCCUUCUGCAGAAGCGGCUUCUAUCCGCUGCUGCCUUUGGCAGAGCCUUCUGCAGAUGGAGUGGGUGAUGUGCUGAUGGGGGAGGCGGUGCGAGGGUGCAUGCAGGCUGCAGCGCAUGAGGGGGAUGUGAAUGGGCAGAAGCGGCUUCUAUCCGCUGCUGCCUUUGGCAGAGCCUUCUGCAGAAGCGGCUUCUAUCCGCUGCUGCCUUUGGCAGAGCCUUCUGCAGAUGGAGUGGGUGAUGUGCUGAUGGGGGAGGCGGUGCGAGGGUGCAUGCAGGCUGCAGCGCAUGAGGGGGAUGUGAAUGGGCAGAAGCGGCUUCUAUCCGCUGCUGCCUUUGGCAGAGCCUUCUGCAGAAGCGGCUUCUAUCCGCUGCUGCCUUUGGCAGAGCCUUCUGCAGAUGGAGUGGGUGAUGUGCUGAUGGGGGAGGCGGUGCGAGGGUGCAUGCAGGCUGCAGCGCAUGAGGGGGAUGUGAAUGGGCAGAAGCGGCUUCUAUCCGCUGCUGCCUUUGGCAGAGCCUUCUGCAGAAGCGGCUUCUAUCCGCUGCUGCCUUUGGCAGAGCCUUCUGCAGAUGGAGUGGGUGAUGUGCUGAUGGGGGAGGCGGUGCGAGGGUGCAUGCAGGCUGCAGCGCAUGAGGGGGAUGUGAAUGGGCAGAAGCGGCUUCUAUCCGCUGCUGCCUUUGGCAGAGCCUUCUGCAGAAGCGGCUUCUAUCCGCUGCUGCCUUUGGCAGAGCCUUCUGCAGAUGGAGUGGGUGAUGUGCUGAUGGGGGAGGCGGUGCGAGGGUGCAUGCAGGCUGCAGCGCAUGAGGGGGAUGUGAAUGGGCAGAAGCGGCUUCUAUCCGCUGCUGCCUUUGGCAGAGCCUUCUGCAGAAGCGGCUUCUAUCCGCUGCUGCCUUUGGCAGAGCCUUCUGCAGAUGGAGUGGGUGAUGUGCUGAUGGGGGAGGCGGUGCGAGGGUGCAUGCAGGCUGCAGCGCAUGAGGGGGAUGUGAAUGGGCAGAAGCGGCUUCUAUCCGCUGCUGCCUUUGGCAGAGCCUUCUGCAGAAGCGGCUUCUAUCCGCUGCUGCCUUUGGCAGAGCCUUCUGCAGAUGGAGUGGGUGAUGUGCUGAUGGGGGAGGCGGUGCGAGGGUGCAUGCAGGCUGCAGCGCAUGAGGGGGAUGUGAAUGGGCAGAAGCGGCUUCUAUCCGCUGCUGCCUUUGGCAGAGCCUUCUGCAGAAGCGGCUUCUAUCCGCUGCUGCCUUUGGCAGAGCCUUCUGCAGAUGGAGUGGGUGAUGUGCUGAUGGGGGAGGCGGUGCGAGGGUGCAUGCAGGCUGCAGCGCAUGAGGGGGAUGUGAAUGGGCAGAAGCGGCUUCUAUCCGCUGCUGCCUUUGGCAGAGCCUUCUGCAGAAGCGGCUUCUAUCCGCUGCUGCCUUUGGCAGAGCCUUCUGCAGAUGGAGUGGGUGAUGUGCUGAUGGGGGAGGCGGUGCGAGGGUGCAUGCAGGCUGCAGCGCAUGAGGGGGAUGUGAAUGGGCAGAAGCGGCUUCUAUCCGCUGCUGCCUUUGGCAGAGCCUUCUGCAGAAGCGGCUUCUAUCCGCUGCUGCCUUUGGCAGAGCCUUCUGCAGAUGGAGUGGGUGAUGUGCUGAUGGGGGAGGCGGUGCGAGGGUGCAUGCAGGCUGCAGCGCAUGAGGGGGAUGUGAAUGGGCAGAAGCGGCUUCUAUCCGCUGCUGCCUUUGGCAGAGCCUUCUGCAGAAGCGGCUUCUAUCCGCUGCUGCCUUUGGCAGAGCCUUCUGCAGAUGGAGUGGGUGAUGUGCUGAUGGGGGAGGCGGUGCGAGGGUGCAUGCAGGCUGCAGCGCAUGAGGGGGAUGUGAAUGGGCAGAAGCGGCUUCUAUCCGCUGCUGCCUUUGGCAGAGCCUUCUGCAGAAGCGGCUUCUAUCCGCUGCUGCCUUUGGCAGAGCCUUCUGCAGAUGGAGUGGGUGAUGUGCUGAUGGGGGAGGCGGUGCGAGGGUGCAUGCAGGCUGCAGCGCAUGAGGGGGAUGUGAAUGGGCAGAAGCGGCUUCUAUCCGCUGCUGCCUUUGGCAGAGCCUUCUGCAGAAGCGGCUUCUAUCCGCUGCUGCCUUUGGCAGAGCCUUCUGCAGAUGGAGUGGGUGAUGUGCUGAUGGGGGAGGCGGUGCGAGGGUGCAUGCAGGCUGCAGCGCAUGAGGGGGAUGUGAAUGGGCAGAAGCGGCUUCUAUCCGCUGCUGCCUUUGGCAGAGCCUUCUGCAGAAGCGGCUUCUAUCCGCUGCUGCCUUUGGCAGAGCCUUCUGCAGAUGGAGUGGGUGAUGUGCUGAUGGGGGAGGCGGUGCGAGGGUGCAUGCAGGCUGCAGCGCAUGAGGGGGAUGUGAAUGGGCAGAAGCGGCUUCUAUCCGCUGCUGCCUUUGGCAGAGCCUUCUGCAGAAGCGGCUUCUAUCCGCUGCUGCCUUUGGCAGAGCCUUCUGCAGAUGGAGUGGGUGAUGUGCUGAUGGGGGAGGCGGUGCGAGGGUGCAUGCAGGCUGCAGCGCAUGAGGGGGAUGUGAAUGGGCAGAAGCGGCUUCUAUCCGCUGCUGCCUUUGGCAGAGCCUUCUGCAGAAGCGGCUUCUAUCCGCUGCUGCCUUUGGCAGAGCCUUCUGCAGAUGGAGUGGGUGAUGUGCUGAUGGGGGAGGCGGUGCGAGGGUGCAUGCAGGCUGCAGCGCAUGAGGGGGAUGUGAAUGGGCAGAAGCGGCUUCUAUCCGCUGCUGCCUUUGGCAGAGCCUUCUGCAGAAGCGGCUUCUAUCCGCUGCUGCCUUUGGCAGAGCCUUCUGCAGAUGGAGUGGGUGAUGUGCUGAUGGGGGAGGCGGUGCGAGGGUGCAUGCAGGCUGCAGCGCAUGAGGGGGAUGUGAAUGGGCAGAAGCGGCUUCUAUCCGCUGCUGCCUUUGGCAGAGCCUUCUGCAGAAGCGGCUUCUAUCCGCUGCUGCCUUUGGCAGAGCCUUCUGCAGAUGGAGUGGGUGAUGUGCUGAUGGGGGAGGCGGUGCGAGGGUGCAUGCAGGCUGCAGCGCAUGAGGGGGAUGUGAAUGGGCAGAAGCGGCUUCUAUCCGCUGCUGCCUUUGGCAGAGCCUUCUGCAGAAGCGGCUUCUAUCCGCUGCUGCCUUUGGCAGAGCCUUCUGCAGAUGGAGUGGGUGAUGUGCUGAUGGGGGAGGCGGUGCGAGGGUGCAUGCAGGCUGCAGCGCAUGAGGGGGAUGUGAAUGGGCAGAAGCGGCUUCUAUCCGCUGCUGCCUUUGGCAGAGCCUUCUGCAGGCUGCAGCGCAUGAGGGGAUGUGAAUGGGCAGAAGCGGCUUCUAUCCGCUGCUGCCUUUGGCAGAGCCUUCUGCAGGCUGCAGCGCAUGAGGGGGAUGUGAAUGGGCAGAAGCGGCUUCUAUCCGCUGCUGCCUUUGGCAGAGCCUUCUGCAGAAGCGGCUUCUAUCCGCUGCUGCCUUUGGCAGAGCCUUCUGCAGAAGCGGCUUCUAUCCGCUGCUGCCUUUGGCAGAGCCUUCUGCAGGCUGCAGCGCAUGAGGGGGAUGUGAAUGGGCAGAAGCGGCUUCUAUCCGCUGCUGCCUUUGGCAGAGCCUUCGCAGAAGCGGCUUCUAUCCGACUGCUGCCUUUUGCAGAGCCUCUGCAGGUGAGCCAGGAUGGUAGAUCUCGAGUACGAUCAGAUGGAGUGGGUGAUGUGCUGAUGGGGGAGGCGGUGCUUGAUGGGUGCAUGCAGGCUGCAGCGCAUGAGGGGGAUGUGAAUGGGCAGAAGCGGCUUCUAUCCGCUGCUGCCUUUGGCAGAGCCUUCUGCAGGUGA